CAACAAUAUACCGUGGUCUAUGGUAAACUGAAUCUAUGUACACUACGGAGAUACGCUGUUUAAGAUGCUGGUUACGAACACUACUGCCCCGCUGAGUUUACAAACUGACGUUGCUAGCUUGUUUCCGUUACAUCUCAUCAGAACCUUGCAGUAACUGAAUUAUUAAAACUACUUUCUCUCUUACUAAACGUUCUGUGUUUUCACGGCAAGAGCACGACGUGGAACUGACAUAACUAAACUACGAAUGCGUCUAAAAUGACUUAAUUGAGAUGUUGGAAUCCUAACUUUUGAAACAAGUCAUCAAUAACAGCUGGGAGGGAGAGUGGGCCGUCCUUCGGUGUUCCUCCGCGGAGGGAGGGAGUGGGCGGAGUGAUCUCCGCAGAACAACAACAACACGUUCUACGCCGGUGACGCAGUCGGUUGCUAGGUGUGAAUGAACUGAUGCUUUGUCUCGGUCAGGCGGCUCCUCAGUUUACAGGUCGACCACAACAAAGCAGCAUCUUUUCCUCUCUGUUUUUGUGCGUCGUUCCGGGUUAUUCGGAGCUAAACAUGGCUCUUUAAGUUCUUGUUGACGUCGCUGGACCAGAAACGAAGUCGUGCUUUGCUUUAGCAACGCACCCCCAAGUGCUCUACAGUUUCCCCGCAAGAAUGGAGUUUCAUUAUGCUCGCCCUGCCCUGCUCUCUGUGGCCCAUCUGUCAGACUCCGCUCGCUCUCAGCGUGUGCUCGGACUCGGACUAAAUCAAGGCGUCAACAGGCAAAAUGAUGGCAACAUCAGCUCAUGUUUGGAGGACUCUUCGUGUCUGCCCGGCAGACCCCCUCGCUCUCUCUCACCCACAGGCUAACCAGAGCCAAUCACAGGGGUGCAGGGGGGAGGUGUCAGAGGAGAGCCCGCAUUUAAUUGGUGAUGGUCUCACUGACUGGAUGACGGAAGAAGUGGAUUUCUCCUCGUACCUCCCAAAUCCUCCUUCCCCUCCCUCCUCCACCAAUGCCUCCCUUCCCCCUUCACCCCUUCAGAAUGAUAUCCAGGUGCCCUCUGACUUGGAGGUCAUGACCUCUUUGCUGCAAGAGGAACUCGCCCAGCUUGAGGACUACUUCCUGUCUGAGCCACUGCCAGAGAAAGGGCAGAGGCUGGGGAAAUGCGACAGGGGUCCACUGCCGGCGGGUCCUCAGCCACUCAGUCAACUGCCAUACGCCUCGUACUCUGCGUCCACCCAAUCGGAGUCCAACCCACUUCUUGUUACCCUGGCAACCGGAGAGCUGGACCUGCUGAGCAUCUGUGGUGGGCCCAUAGGGCGAUCCAAAAUUCCUAGACAUGCCCCGUACAGCUGCAGCCGCCCCAGUGGGUGUGGUAGGAAAAGAGUUCUGGAGAGCGUGAGGUUUGGCGAAGGCUAUGAAAGCAACGCGUUGGGUUCCAAAGGAAGUAACUCAGGUAAUUCUGCUGUGGCCCUGACAAGUAAUUACGGCUCCGUAGAGGACGAGCAGCUGGUUGGGAAAAGCUACUGCCUGGGUAAUGCAAUCGAGCUUAGACGAUGUGCUGGCUCAUCCAAAGACGAGAAAAAUUGCUGCUUUACCCAAGAUGUGAUGAGUGGCAGCGCCAAGGUUGUUGGUGGCGGGUUUGGCUUUGGUGGAACACUGGAUGCUCCUCAGAAGAAAGAGGAUGUGAUGAUGUACAGCAUGAGGGAGGUCAGCGGAAGCACCGCGAACAGCGAGGUGCUGAGCAGCAUCAAGGCCAGCGUGGAGGUGACCAAGGCCACCGUGUCUUGGAAAACCGACAGCGGUGAAAGCUGUUACAUUCCAGCGACGCCUCAGUCCGAGGCCUUCAGCAGCUUCUUGGGGAACAUCAACGAGCAGGUGAAAACAGAGAGUCUGCAGAUGCUGCAGCCCGAUUUACACUGCAGUUACCUUGACGAUCAGGCUCCAGAAUGCUUUCUGAUGGCGAGGGAGAGUCUGAAUCUGGACAGCUCGGGGCACAGGCAGGCAUGCAGGCUAAGAGAAGACCACUGCGCUGUGAAAUACGAAGUAGACAUCAUUCCACACGAAGGCGGCGAGCGAAAGCAAAAGAAAAGGGAUCAGAACAAAACCGCCGCUCAUAGGUAUCGCCAGCGAAAAAGGGCGGAGCUAGAUUCUUUGGAGGAGCAGCUGCACUGCCUAGAGGGGAGGAACCGCGAGCUGCGAGACAAGGCAGAGUCCGUGGAACGUGAAAUCCAGUACGUUAAAGACCUGCUGAUCGAAGUUUACAAGGCACGCAGCCAAAGGCUCAAGCAGGACACAACAGCGUAACGCCGCACGACUGCAAGUACACUCAGACCGGGCAAAGCUGAGAAAAUGCGCAACUUUUAUUUGUUUUUUCGUGAAUUGAAUGUUUCAUGUUUUGUUCUUUUUUUGUUUUUUUUUGUGCCUUUUUCUGUUGGUGUUGUUUUUAUGAUGCGGGGGCCACUGCAUGCUUUGCUGAUGUGAAUUGCUUUUUGAAUUUUUAAAUCAAUUCUUUCUCAUUUGGUUUUGGCACUGAAAUCACCUGAGCCUUCACUGUGGCGCUGCAACGCUUUACCUGACAAUCAUCUUUAACAGAUCUUCCUCUUUCUCUGAAUCUACUGAAUGACUUUGGGGUUUUUUUGGGGGGUGGAGGAUGUAAUGUCAUUUAAACAGCAGGUUACGUAUUUAUUUUUAGCCUUACAUUGAAAUCGAUGUCAGCAAUAGAAUCUAAAGAGUCUCCCUUAAUUCCUUCUUAAUUAUUACUUUUGAAAUAAAGUUGCUGUAAGAGUUAUGGAAGUAGAUGGAUUAGUAUUUGUGUUUUGGUGAAACAUUUCAGCUUCAACAAACUUUUCCACAUAAUGAGGUUCUGGCAUUUCUUCUUUAACAAACAUUCCAUGUAAUUGCAGACUAAUCAGAACUGUUAAGUUUUAAAAUUAAAGAAAGUUCUGUGAACAAAUCUGAUAUUAUUUUCUUAUUUAGAUAUGACUUCAGAUAUUUUUACGCAACUUGUGUUGCUCUCAUGAUCAUAUUUGGGACUGUCUAAUUCCUCUGCUGUUUCAUAACUUAAUAUGACAGAUCAAAUAGCUGCAAUAUUUUGCAGCAACUGCUGCAAGAAAUGUUCAAUUAAUCUUGUGCAAACAAGUGUAAUCCUAAAUGCUUUAAGGUAAACUGAGAUCUUGUGCUGUGGCUGUGAAGUUUACUUUGUAAUAAAUAAAUCUGUUUUGCAGCUCAGGAUAAAUUAUCUGUCCUCCAACUCUACAAACAUCAGUAGAUAAUUAUUGCAGGAGGUAACAGACUUGAAGCUUUUCGGUUUUGUUUCCCCUCCUCUCUCUUCUGUAAGAUUUCAUAUUUCCCUCUUGGACUGAAAAAAAAAAAACCUUUUAUAUUUGGGUGCACAUAUUGUAAUUAGUGGUGUUUUAGCAGCCUUUCUCUGCAUGCUCUUCCAUUAAUGUAUUUUUUCCUUCUCUGAAACAGAAUAUUUAGAGAUUCAGAAACGAGGAUUGUCUCCUUAAACUGCUUAAGGCAAUAAGUUUUAUAGGCCUCCAGCUGAGCUGCACUAAUUUGUAACUUUUUAUAUGUUCAGGGAGUAGUGUGUUGAUUUUUUUUUUCUAAAAAAAAUUUGAAAAAAGAAACAAAUUCAUCAGAUUGUUUAUUUUUAGCGGUGUGAAAUAUUUUACAAGUCAUUUAUUUAUCUAAUAGAAACUCUUUUGCACAUUCCUUUACAAAGCUUUUUCUUUUUUUAUUUGCACAUUUAAUUUGUAGACAAUCAUUUAUUUGCACUUUGUGUUUCUGUCUGUUUUUGGCUUGGAUUUCACGAUGUUUAACCCCCUGCGGUGUACUAUCAACAAAACAUGUUUAAACCAAAAAUACGGGCCGACAACUCAUUGUAUCUCUUCGUCAUUUUAAAACGAUUUAUCCACUAUGUAUGUUUCUUUCUGUGUGGUGUAAACUUUCCAUUGAAAACAUAAAUAAAUAAAAGCGUCUUCAACUUGAA